GCCUCCUUUCUGGCAAACACUCGUGAUCUUGAAAACUCAUCUUUCACAGCCUGAUCCGUUAUUGUCUUAUGACCUCUACUGAAAGGUUGCGUUUACACUUUACACCGCAUGUGUGUGCAGAAGCAAGAUGGUGAGGACAAGAAGGUCGGCGGUAGCCGAGGAGAUUAUUGCCGCAACUUCGCCACUCGAUGCGAUGAAUACGUCAAAGAGACCUGGAGGCAGAUGUAGUGCGUCGAGUGUCACCUCCGACUCGUCGGCUGUUUUUACAUCAGUCACACCCUGCUUCGGAAGCGGUUAUACGACCCCUCUCACUAGCAACACGGCAACCCCGGCGGAAAUCGGGAGCCACCAAGCUUCCUCAGGCAAGCGGAUGAAUAGGAUAGAGGUUCACUUACCUGCUGUCAGAGCGCCCGUAAACCGCACCCUCAAGAACAGCAUAUUUUCCAUGAACAGCAAGCGCAAGCGAGAUGUGGUUGACGACAGCGAGGAGGAAGAUUUCUCCGAUACCUCGCCAGAUGCGGCACUUGCGCGAAAGUUGCAGGCAGAAGAAGAUGCAGCCGCCACCAGGAUAAUUGAGCCCGCUUUGGAACCCAGCCCUGCCCCACGCCGUAGCCUGCGAGGAUUGGCAGAGCCAGCUAAGGCCGCCACCCGUCUCGGUCCCGCACGAGUUCCCGACUUUGGCAGAGCCACCAGCAAGAGACGGGCCAUCACCGUUGCUGAUUCGGAAGACGACGAGAGCGCCUCGUCGGAAUCGGAUGAAGAGGACGAUAGUGACGAGCCGCUUCAGACAUCAAGCAGACCCCGGCGUGUUACUACGCGCCCACCCGCCAAAUCCAAGGCUAAGAAGGGUCGGAAGACGGUGCGAGCACCUGCAUCUGAAGAAGACGAUGAUGACGAAGACCUGUCGGACCCCGAUACUAGUGAUACGGAGUUCGGCUGGAAGGCUCUCCUCUCUGAUUCUAGUGAUAGCUCUGAGGUAGAGAGCGAUGCCGAAGCCGGCGAUGCUGGCAGUGGCAACGAUAACGACGGUGGCGGAAAUGAUGUUACCGCUGCACAACGCUCAGCCCUGCAGACUGCGAUGAAUUCGCGCCGUGCCUACCGCCAGUAUACUAGCAGACGCCGGGUCAGGAGGGAUAGAGCGCGUCUCGAGGAACACCAUCCGGAGCUCACGACGAUGUGGAAGGAGCUCGAGGACAUGCCUAUUCUGAAGGCUGGUAAGGCAGAGCAACCCGAGUCCAUAACCAGGCAGCUCAAGCCUUUCCAGCUAGAAGGCUUGGCUUGGAUGAUGGCGAUGGAGAGGACCAAGUGGAAGGGUGGGCUUCUCGGCGAUGAGAUGGGCCUGGGCAAGACUAUCCAGGCCGUCUCUCUCAUCAUGUCCGACUUUGGCGCCGUCAAGAAGCCUUCGUUGGUGCUGGUGCCGCCCGUGGCUCUGAUGCAAUGGAUGACCGAAAUCGAAGCCUACACUGACGGGAGGCUCAAGACGCUCGUCUUUCACGGGACUAACUCCAAGUCGAAGAACCUCACGGUCGCAGAACUCAAGAAGUACAACGUGAUCAUCAUGUCGUACAAUAGCCUGGAAUCGAUGUAUCGCAAGCAGGAGAAGGGGUUCAAGCGCAAGGAUGGACUCUUCAAGGAGAAAUCCAUCAUCCACCAGACCGAGUUUCAUCGCGUUAUCCUCGAUGAGGCUCACUGUAUCAAAACGCGGACGACGAUGACGGCGAAGGCGUGCUUCGCCCUCAAGGUCACCUAUCGGUGGUGCCUGUCUGGUACGCCCCUGCAAAACCGCAUCGGCGAGUUCUUUUCCCUCAUCCGGUUCCUCAACAUCCGCCCCUUUUCGUGCUACCUCUGCAAACACUGCCCAUGUACCCAAGUCGAGUGGCAGAUGGACGAAGAUAGCCGCUGCACAAGCUGCAAGCACAGCAGCAUGCAGCAUGUGUCCGUUUUCAACCAAGAGCUUCUCAACCCGAUCCAGAAGUUCGGUAACUAUGGCCGCGGCCGCGAGGCCUUUCAGAAGUUGCGCGUCCUGACUGAUCGCAUCAUGCUGCGUCGUCUGAAGAAGGACCAUACCGAUUCCAUGGAGCUGCCCGUCAAGGAGAUCAAUGUGGAGCGUCAAUUCUUCGGCGAGGAGGAGAACGACUUCGCCAACAGCAUCAUGACCAACGGUCAGCGCAAAUUCGAUACUUACGUCGCUAGCGGAGUCCUGCUCAACAACUAUGCCAACAUCUUCGGUCUUAUUAUGCAGAUGCGUCAGGUAGCUGACCACCCGGAUUUAAUCCUGAAGAAGAACAGCGAGGGCGGCCAGAAUGUUCUCGUGUGCAACAUCUGCGACGAGCCUGCGGAAGAUGCGAUUCGAUCGCGGUGCAAGCACGACUUCUGCCGCACCUGCGUCAAGAGCUACUUGAACUCUACGACCGACCCGAACUGUCCACAAUGCCACAUCCCUCUUUCGAUUGACCUCGAGCAGCCGGAGAUCGAGCAGGAUGAAGCGCUUGUCAAGAAGUCGUCCAUUAUCAACCGCAUCAAGAUGGAGAAUUGGACGUCUUCCUCCAAGAUCGAGCUGUUGGUGCACGAGUUACACAAACUCCGCUCCGACAAUGCCUCGCACAAGUCUAUUAUCUUCUCACAGUUCACGACCAUGUUGCAGCUCAUCGAGUGGCGGCUGCGUCGCGCCGGAAUUACUACUGUCAUGCUGGACGGCAGCCUGACCCCGGCCCAGCGGCAGGCCUCAAUCAAUCAUUUCAUGACAAAUGUUGAUGUCGAGUGCUUCCUGGUCUCUCUCAAGGCCGGCGGCGUCGCCCUUAACCUCACCGAAGCGUCCCGGGUCUUCAUUGUCGACCCUUGGUGGAAUCCUGCAGCUGAAUGGCAAUCUGCCGAUCGAUGCCACCGGAUCGGUCAGACCCGUCCCUGCACCAUCACGAGACUCUGCAUAGAGGAUUCAGUGGAGAGCCGUAUGGUUCUCCUUCAGGAGAAGAAGACGAGCAUGAUCAACUCCACCAUCAAUGCGGACGAUGCGGCCAUGGACUCGCUCAGCCCGGAGGACCUGCAGUUCCUGUUCCGCGGGACUUGAUCGUUCGGUCUUUGCUGCGCAGUCUGCCGGGGAGUUUCGGCUCCCGAACAAGGCUUCUUCUGCUUUCUUUCUGCUUGCGAGGGUGCUACUUUUGCUAUUAUGAGAUUCUGGACAGCUGGUACGACACGUCAUAUGGUUCGUGGACCGCCAAUCUAGACACAGGAACAUUGUUUAUGGGUGUGCAAAGAUGUGCUUGCUAAAAAAAAAUUUUUAAAAAAAGAGGAGUAAAAGAAGAAGAAGAAGAAGAAAAGGAAAGGAAAGAAAAGAAAAGAA